GCGGCGAAGAGACCUUAAUUAAUUCCUCUAGAUUGUUUUCCUAAUCCCGCAAGAACUGGAACUCUGAACGUAAAUAAAUUCCCCCACCAGCUUGAGCUAACUUGCGUCUAAACAAAUAGUUCAGGGUUUCUCAAAUCUUGUUUUUUUGGGUUCAAUUCUUCUUUCUUUUUUAUCAGAAACAAUCCCAUGGCCAUCAAAAGAAAACAAGGUUUCGCUAAUGCUGAAAACCUGAUAACCAGGGGCGUAAAAGCCAGAAGAAUAGACGAGGAAGACCUAGCCGACAGACUCAGUGAGUUACCGGAUAAUGUUAUUUUGCACAUCAUGUCAUCGCUUCCGAUGAAAGAAGCAGUUCGAACAUGCCUUCUGUCAACCAGAUGGAAGGAUCUUUUUACUUCCAUAUCCAAUAUUGAGCUCGAUGGAGUUCUAAGGAAGAGGAGGGCUUUACGUAAUAGAUUCAUGGAAUUUGUGGAUGGAUUUCUGUCCUUGCGUAAGGAUAUCAGUGUGGACAGAUUUCGCCUCUGCUAUGGACCCGGAAUUGAUCAUCCCAAGAUCAAUGAAUGGAUACCGUACGCAGUAAGGCAUGGCGUUAGAGAACUUGAAUUGAUCUUUCAAAGUGGAACCUUCGAAACAAGACAUUUCACUGACCUGGAAUUCUGGGUUUUCACUUGUAAAACACUGCUCACAUUGAGAUUAUUCAACCUUCCAAGUCUUGUCCUGACUAUUCCCACCCAUUGUUGUCUGCCGAAUCUCAAAGGUCUCCAUCUUACUUUUCUGAAAUUCUCUGAUAAUGAAUCCAUUAGAAGGCUACAUUCGAGCUGCAAUUCGCUGAAGGAAUUGCUUGUUCAAUCAUGAAGUCCAUCUUAUUCUGUCCAACCACUUUCCUUUUACAUUUUUUUUUGUUUUUAUUACUUUUCACUUAAUUAAUGUUUAGGUAGUUUAAGGAUAAUAUAACGUUUAUGGGCAAGAGUUGAGAUAUCAGGUUUUACAAGUUUACAAACUGGUUUGUGGUUACUUUCUAUUUCUCAAAAUUUACUUGUAAACGGUGUAUGUGGUAAUGAGUUUGUAUCCAAGACCUUCUUUUUUUUA